GCUCGUCAUAUCAGCGUUUCAUGGAAGUGUUUUGUAACAAGAGACACCAGUGGCUUCUGCCCUCCGUGCACAAAGUGUUAUACGUAGCAUGUGUGGCUGACAUGUCAAACCAUGUUGAUAAAAAAUUGCCUCACUGACCCUUUAGGAGGGGAGGUAAGAGCUCUAAACUUCACUUCUUGUAAUUCCUUACCUAUCAUCUCAGUCUUUAUUUUACCCUCAAGUGUCAUGUUUUCAAGCCACCGUGGAUUUAUUUUCAAUUCUAACAGCCCACUGGACAUAUUCUUGCAAGGUAAGAGAAUGUGUGUUGCACAUAAUGGGAGCAAAAGUUUAAAAUGCAUUUUUAACAGGCCCACUAAGACCUUUACUUUGUUCUACUUACGUAGAUCUAGGGUGUCCAAAGUGCAACCCGGAGCACAUUGUAGAAAUAAAAUUAACACCAAAAAGGCACAAUAUAAAGAAAAUAAUGACUAAUUGUUAUAACUAAAAAUCCUUUUGAUUUUUCAAAAUAUAAAGUUUGGACACCCCUGAUUUAAGUGAAUGUUGCUUCCUCCGUGGUUGUGAUCUCCGAUUAAAAGUUGUCACAAAAAAGAUGGAAGCACAGCUAAAAGCUGUAAACAUGAAGAAAAAUAACAAAGUGGAAAUAAUUGUUGGUGUCUGGAGAGCCAGGCUGGUCUCCAGUCCCAAGACGGUGACAGGGUGUGAGCAAUGAUCAUGCUCCUGUGGCGUGGCCCAGCUGAUAAAAAGGUGGAGCACUGUGAAAGACAAAAGGCCCCGCAAGGUUCUCCAGAGUGUGCCACACCACUCAACACCUAUGGCGCUGAUUGGGAUUGCCAUUGUGCUUGCCGCCAUUCCUGUGGCCUACUGCUAUCCUAAUACCUUCCAAGACCUGGAUGGAGGUCGCACCAACAAGACCUCCAUUAAGUUCCUUGCUUUAGGAGACUGGGGUGGUGUGCCUUACCCCCCCUACAUGACUGCGGUGCAGAGGGCUACUGCUCGCGAGAUGAGUAAGAUAGCGGAGCAGAUGGGAACGGACUUUGUUCUAGCCCUUGGUGAUAACUUCUACUUCAAAGGUGUAGACCGUGUGGAUUCUCCCAGAUUUAAGGACACCUUUGAGGCUGUGUACACAGGCAAGUCUCUCAAUGUGCCCUGGUUUGUAAUAGCUGGCAACCAUGACCACGCAGGGAAUGUCAAAGCCCAGAUUGAGUACACCCAGAAGUCUGCACGAUGGAACUUUCCUUCCUACUACUAUGAGCUGGACUUCCGCAUCCCCAACACGGACAAACUGCUGACCAUCAUCAUGCUCGACACGGUGAUGCUAUGCGGGAACUCCCUUGACUUUGUGGAUGAGCAGCCCAAAGGCCCCCUACGCGCGGUGGAUGCCAACCGUCAGUUGAUGUGGCUGCAGGAGAGGAUGGCUCAAUCUAAAGCCGAUUUCCUCCUGGUGGCGGGUCACUACCCUGUGUGGUCUGUGUCUGAACAUGGGCCCACUGAGUGUCUCCAGCAGAGGGUUCGCCCCCUGCUGCUUAAACACAACGCCACCGCCUACUUCUGUGGCCAUGACCACAAUCUGCAGUACAUUGAGGAAUCAGGAGUGGGCUACGUAGUGAGCGGUGCUGGGAACUUCCUGGAUCCAGAUGUCCGACACUGGAACAAAGUACCCAAAGGUUCUGUGAAGUUCUUCACCGGCCAAGCUUCAACUCUGGGAGGCUUUGUGCAUGCAGAAGUCACCAAGAACAAAAUGAUCCUCACCUUCUACCAGGCUAAAGGCACUUCUCUCUACCGCACGGUGCUCUCGCGAAGGAAUGUUAACUAGACUCCAUCAUGCGUGACAAAGCUUUACCUUUUUGUCUAAAUUUGGCAGUGUUUAAUGUAUUUUUAAAUAGGUUUUUAGUUGUAUAGCUAAAAAAAAAAUGGUUUAAAGAUCAAGCAAAUCCUUGUUCUACAUGAAUCUGAAAUGUAAAAUUCAGAUUUUAAUUUCUUGGACAUUUUGACUAACAGUGUAAACCUCAAUCAGCUUUCAUAGCAUUGUGAAACUGACUGCAACCACUUGUCAUGUGCUUUCUGCUCAGGUGAGGAUUUGUACCGUGGAUGCCUUGUGUGCAAUCAGGUAAAAAAAUAAUACCAAUAACUUGAUGUUCUCUAUAGUCAUAAUCUGUCACCUGCAUUAGAUUAUUUGCAAAAAAAAAUAUUACAGGGUAUUUGAUUUUCUUUUGCGUGUGUAAAAUAAAAAUCUAGCAUACAAUAUUUUUUAAAAUGUGACAAUUUGUCAUGCAGUAUUAAGUGAACCUUUUUAAGAGCAUAUUCAAAUUUGGGAUAUUAUUAAAUGCCAUCCCCUUCCAUGGUUGCAUUGCAUGCAUUGUAAGGUAUUAAAUUAAGAACGUGCAAUAAGCACCCAUGCAUCUGCUGCUGUCGGUACUUAGUUUCCGAGCGUUACAUCAUUUUGUAGUGUAGUAUAAAAAAACAUGUUUUCUCAUGAGCUGGAAAGGCAAUCAGCUCUUUCUCAAAAUGGCAACAAAAUGUGUUAGUUCCCACUUAAUGUAGUGCAUAUACUCAAUGUCAAAUAAAAGAAAAACAAUCUGUUUGUGAUCAAAUGGUCCAUAUUAUG